AUGAAAUGGGAGGACGUUGAAAUAGGAGAACCAGAAGACAUGAGAAAUUCAAAUGAGAAAGAAAGCCAUCAGAGUAAAACUUCAUUGAUGUUUAUUUCCGUCAAAACAUCUGCAAAGCAACUUCAAUAUGGGGACGGUGGUAGUGGUAACAACUGGAGGUCCAGGACUAACCGGCCAGCGAGAGUCGGAGUCUCGGAGAUAUUGUCGCAUUUGUCGCUUUCCCCAUGGAAGCAUACUUUGAAAAACAGAUACUCCCUGCAAAAAAAAAAUGCCCUGGGGUAUACGAUAGAUUCAACAGGGAUCUAUCAAAUGGUAACAGAGCAAUCGCAGUCGGUAUUGGAGAAGGAACGGAAAGCAGAAACAGAGUUGGCAAGAAAAGCUGAAGCUGGAAUAUCAAAAGAAGAAGAGACUAGAUACUCGUCAAUGGAGAUGCAUCAUCAGAACAAGAUAAAGAGAUAUGAAGAGAGAGAGGCUGAGAUAGCUAAAUGGAGAGAGUAUUACUGCUCAGAGGAAGGAAUGGAGGCUGAGAAAGCUAAGUGGAGGAAGAUUUAUUACUCUACUUUGAAAGAGAAAGAGAAAGAGAAAGAGCUCCCACCACCAACGUUGUCGCCGACACAACCAACACCGCCGACGUCUCCACCUCCAUUAGCGCCGCCGUCUCCACCACAUCCACCGUCCCCUACACCUCUAGAGUUCAAGAACAGAAAAGAUGGCGCAGUUUGGGACAUUGGAGGCUCAAAUCAGCUCGUUAGAAAAUUGGAGGCGCCUUUGAUCGAUGGCUACAAACCACCAUUACCGCCGCCGCCGCCAUCUCCAUCUCCACCACCGUCAACUCUGCUGCCUCCACCACCUCUAGGAUCGAAAACAGCAGCGAGAAGAAGAUUUUGA